AUGACACAACAGCAUCCACAUGGCUCUUCGGAGAACGUGCUAGAGAGAGCCCUUCUGGCUAUUAACCAGAGUAGAAUUAGCUGCGUGCAGAAAAAUGCCCCCUUCGAGGAGACCUACCUGAUUAAGAAGAAGAAGUAUGAUCACCUCCUGGAUCUGAAGUUUUGCCACGUCAGGCGGGGAUCAUCUGUGGCCGAUGCGUCUACCAGCGCAGUUGAAGGGGAGGUUGGCGGUGGGGGCGAUAGCCCCCCUUGCCCCCAUGGCAACCUUGUCGAAAUUCUACCCACUUGCAACAGAAAGAGCGGGCGGGGCCACAGCACCGCGUACUUCAUCCUAAGGCAGUGGUGUGAAAAGUUAGGCCAGGAUGACGCAGCGCCUCGGAAGGGAAAUUUGAAAAGAGCAGACAACCUCAGUGAGCAAGAGGGUGAACUAAACAAGGCAAGAGGACCAACUUGCAAGCGACCCCACGUCCCAAUCAGCUACGUCAUUAUAGGGACACAUCAACAUGGACAGCGUAAUGCCCCCUGUUCAUACGAAGAAAUGACGGUGGAAAUUCCCAACUAUGACGUGGAAAGAAAAAUUAUUAAAGCAGAAUGGUUUCAUAAAUCGGAUCAUGUAGUGUCCCUAUUGACAUAUGAACAAGUGGACACAUCUACAUUGUACUCUUUUAAAUUUAAAUCUGUAAUUCGCCUAAUUAAUGUAGAGGGCAAAAUCAAGGAGGAAGUAAAAAUCGUCGUUCCAGACAUGGAUGUUAUCCGACGAAAGUUAAAAAAUGAAAACUUGGAAGACAUAAAGAAGGAGCUGUACAAAAUGGAAACGAUCAAUAUUUCUCUCCACUUGCGAGAUGCAACGUCUGGUCAAAGUGGCACUGAAGAGAUGAACAAGAGGAGCCUUCCACACCAACACCAUGGUAACAACCUACAAAGGGUACAAGAAGCUUCCCCCAAUAACGAUAAAGUAAAUUACGUACAAGGGCAAAAUGACCAGGACAGACACACCAAUAUGGGGGAAGGAAACACGGAUGGGAUGGACAAAAAAUCCCCUAGCAACCAUCCAAUAAGUAACGAUUUAGAUGUGGUAUCACCAAGAAGUAAGACUGAUCUCGCCUCUGACCAUGUCUUAAGCAAGGAAGAAAAGAAAAAGCUAGCUAAAAAAAACAAGUACAAAAAUCUUGUAGUAGAUUACUGCUUUGGUGCCCCCAGUGAAAAUAUCCCCUGGAUAGAAACCUGCCUCUUUGUUCUUUUAAAAGAUGGACUCAUAUUAAUAUACACCCCGAUCAUCACGAAUGAGUGGUACGUCAGCUACUUUCUAAUGUAUGAGUUGAACAGGAUUGGGCAGAGGGUGGUGGAAAAAGGUGGGGGCACCAAUGGGGAGCCUGCCGAUGUACAGCGCGGGGAUGGUGAAGGGCGCGAUGAGGAGUAUGUGGAGGAUUUCCUCACGCACUAUGAUCACUUCCGAGGGGUCUCCGUGAGGGAGUACAGGGAGAAGGACGUCUGGGUGACUUUCAAUCGUGGGGUGCAGCAUGCUCGGGGCGGGGCCACUUCCAGAAGCCGCGGUGAUGCGCAGGGAAGUGAAGGGAGCGUCAGUGGCAGUGUUCGUGGUCGUCGUUGUCGUAGAUAUGAUCGCCGCGCCCGGGCCGCCUUUUCCUACGUUCCCUACGUGGUCAACUGCCUGAGGAAAUCCACCUACCGCAGCAUCACCAUGCUCUACUACAACCACCUUGUGUUCAUGGUCGUGACGGACAAGUUCGGGUACGUCUUCUUCGUCCUGCUAAACUAUUUUAUUACUCCCCACAUCGUCAUCCCCACCCCUGGGCAGAGCGAAACCGACAGUGGAAAAACAUGGAAGAAAACGAUGAACUUUUUGUCCAUGAAGAAAAAAAAACAAUCUUUUUUCUUUAACAUUUUUAAUUUGAAGGAUAAUGCUAUUUUCGAAAAUUUGACUUCAGCCGAUUUGGCCAAUUUGAUUAACCGAGAUAAAUACGAUGAGUACUAUCGUCGUGUGAAGAAUGGCAGCUACGAGAUGGCUUCCCUCAUGGGGAAAAUGUCUCAGAGGGGUACAGCCAGGGAAUGCGCGCAUAUGGAGGUGGCCUACACACAGGGGGGUGAGGAUGACAAUGGUGAUGGCACCGUUCUCCGGACGGACUCCCCCAAUGAUCAGCACCACAAAGGAGAAAACUUAGGGGAGAUAAAAAUUGACUCCAUCAAACUGACGACCCCAAAGACGCAGAAGAAAUCUCUAUUCAAAGAAAGGUUCACCAAAAAGAGUAACCUUAAUGAGAAGGGGAAGCAUAAGCAUUCCCCCGGAUCAGCAUACACCUCUGAUGAAGACAUCACCGAACGGGAUGAUGAUUUCUUCUCCUGUUACGAAGAUAACAAGGACAUUGUAGAAAAGCAAAUAAACGAAGAAGUAAAUUUACAGCUUCAACCUCUAUCUGUACUGUACUUUGAUGCAUACUACACAGGAAUGAGUAAUGUGAAAACGAUUGUCCUGAACAGCCACAACAUGCUUUGUUUCAACAAUGACAAGGUUGUGCAUCUCCACUUAGUGUGGGUAAAAUUUGUGAGCGUAAUAUUUUACCUCAUCCAUUUGAAAAACAUUUUGUGCGCCAAGUUGAUUCACGAAAUGUGCAAAAAUGGACUUUACAUGAGCAACACCGUUUAUAAGGCGGCCAUUAGCUUUUACCAAUUUGACUACUACACGUAUCUGCUGUUGGACCAUACGAAGCGCUUGAACCAGGGUACCUUCGCGGGGCUCUUCGCCGGGGACAAUAGCGCAACGCGUGACGCCGCUAUCCAGUGGGAGCAAGGUCCAGACAACUUUGACCGCCUGCAGUCAAAAAUCCUCUACGAUGUGCAGUACGUUCUUCACCCCGUAGUCGUGCAAGAAAGCAGUAGCAGCGGUAGCGGCAGGAAGAGCAAGAGCAACAGCAGCAUCUCCCAGGGGACCCACCCCUCCAGUGACGUAUACUUGAUCUUCACCCACUACAUAAAUCUGGACAGCCAGAGAAAAGAAAAACUAUUCAUGAGCGGGAACAUUAGCUUCUUCACCUCCUCACUGUAUAAAAAUUUGUUCCUCGUAUAUGAUUGCUUCAAGUUGAAGAUAAUCAGCAGGCCGGGAAACACAAAUCUCAAUUCAGAGGGAACAAACGAAACCCAUUUGCUACUAAGGGAGAAGAAAAAAUGCAAAGCGCUAUGCCACAUCCCUGGACAAGCAAGACUAAGAAAUUUUUAUAUCAACACCGAAGUGGUGGAUGACGACUCGAUAGAUUUGAACAUGUAUGCAAACAUGCUUUCUCUUUAUGUGAAUUCACGCUGCAAUGAUUAUAUGAACUCCAUGAUAAAGAAGAAUUUCAUUUUUUACCAAGGAAAGGGGGCCAUCUGCAACAUGCUCCUUAAUCGUGACGCGCGUGCAAAGGGGGCAGGUAGUAGUAUGUUGAGAAGCGGUGUGCAUAAAAUGGAGUCCACGAAAAUGAUGACCCAUAUGUAUAGCGGCAACGUUGGUGCAAACUCUUCCCCGCGAUUGCCCUACUCCAGUGGCAGCAACCACGUAGGGGAACACAACACAGAAGAGAUUGAUUUUUUAAAACAUGUAUUCGUAAUAUUACACAGUAAUGAAAAUGGGGACGGCAAAGACAUUCACAUAAGAAAUGUAACGGGUGAAGAAAGCGGUCUCGCUGCUUGCAAAAAAUAUAACUUCAGUUUUGGAAGUACCAUCGAACAAGUGAACCCAGAGAAACUCAUAAACGACAUUAAGGUGCAUGUCCUUAAGGGAGAUUCGAAAAAAUACGAUAAUGUACCCUGUACCACGUUGAUCAAAAAACUAAUCAAAGUAAAAAAUGAUUACAUACAUGUAAAGGAUUAUUUUUUAACAAAAAAAAAAAUCAACUUAGAUUCUCGUCCCAGCGAUAUAAAAGGAAAAAUUAAUUUCCUUGAACAGGUCGUGCAUGUGUACUACUUCUUGCUGGAUUUGAAUUUUUACUAUGAAAAUAAAUUUGAAAAAAUUAAAAAAAGGAUUAUACAUUCGCUAGGAGUGGACAUUAUACAUUUUAUCAAGUCCCAUGCGUCUAUUCAAAAUAUGAGCAAAGCGUUGAUUGAAAGGAAUACCAGCUUGGUGAAGGACAUCCAGCUGUGCUAUCAGAAGCACCAACUAAUUCGAGACAAGUUUAAUUUGCUCAGGAAAAGAAUUCUGUUGCACAGUCUGGUGAACUCGGAACGGUUCACAGUGAAAUGGGCACCGAUGAACGAGGGGUAA